AUCAUACUAUCUAUAUCGUACAAAUGUUUACCCGGUUUCUAAAGGUAUCCUCGCUUUGAACCCCGCGAGUGUCAGCUAAAGCCUGUACUUAAACAAAAAAAAUAAGGACUUACACCAAACACUUAAACAAGAGGCUGGAGCCCAACGUCAGCCUUUCAACGAAUCGUAAUAUUUUAAAAAUAGAUCAUGUUUACUCAAUAUCUCCUUCUCGUGUCUGCUAUCAUUGUUUUGGGAAGCGACGUCAAUCGCAAUUCUCCAGGAGAAAACCUCCAGGAUUCGUUCAAGCCUGAACAUCUGGUCAUACGUAAACGAGAAGUAGAGGGCGAGUCCGAACAUAGCACCCAACCCACAACUCCCCAAUCCAUUUGCCCAUCCAAUCCUCAACCUGAACUCAAUCCCAAAGCCAAACUACACAAGUGGACCUGGUAUGACAUCAUCAUCGUAAUAUUCCUGUUAUUUGUGGUGUUAUAUGUAAGAAUGAGCCUGUAUAAAAGAGAUGGAGACAACUGCUGCUUCGGGUGCAAGUGGGGGAGGACAACCAAUGAAAGGCCCGAAACCAGGGUCGGGAUCCUUAAUCAACAAGAAACUGAAACAUAGAUCUGUGUAAAAACUAAUCAUUCAUUUUUCGCUAUCAUCAUUUUAAUAACACAAGUCGUAUAUUUGUAUACAUGUAUUUAACAAGUUUUCAUAUACCUUAUUAUUUCAAUAUAAUUAUUUUAACUUUUUUAUA